UCUUCCGCGCAUGCGUGUUGCGACUUCGCCGGGCGCAGGGGCGGGGAGGCCAGGAGCCGCUAAAGCCCCGAGAGCCGCCGGGGGGGGAGGCGGCGGGCCUCAGUGCGCCCUAAGUCCCUGCUUGCCGAGCAGCCGCCACCUGCCCAGUGACCAUGAUAGUGUUUGUCAGGUUCAACUCCAGCCAUGGUUUCCCAGUGGAGGUGGAUUCUGACACCAGCAUCCUCCAGCUCAAGGAGGUGGUUGCUAAGCGACAGGGGGUUCCGACUGACCAGUUGCGUGUGAUUUUCGCGGGGAAGGAGCUCCGGGAUGACUCGACGCUGCAGAACUGCGACCUGGAUCAGCAGAGUGUGGUUCACGUCGUGCAGAGACUGCAGAGAGGAGGGCGGGAAAUGGGCGCCUCUGGAGGCUGCAGCCCCGGCUCCGAGGCCAGGGGCCCGGGGAGAGGAGCCGAGAGCCUGACGCGAGCGGACCUCAGCGGCUCCGUCCUGCCGAGCGACUCGGUGGGCCUGGCGGUCAUCCUGAGUCACGGCAGGAGGGACGAUCCGCCACCAGCGGGAAGUCCAGGUAGACCAACCUACAACAGCUUUUAUGUGUAUUGCAAAGGCCCCUGUCAAGGAGUUCAGCCAGGAAAACUCAGGGUACGAUGUAGCACCUGCAAGCAAGCAACACUCACCUUGGCCCAGGGUCCAUCUUGCUGGGAAGAUGUCUUAGUUCCAAAUCGGAUGAGUGGUGAAUGCCAGUCUCCAAACUGUCCUGGAACUGGAGCAGAAUUUUUCUUUAAAUGCAGAGCGCAUCCAACCUCUGACAGGGAGACAUCAGUAGCUUUGAACCUGAUCACAACAAAUAGUCGAGGCAUCAGUUGCAUAACAUGUACAGACAUCAGGAGCCCUGUCCUGGUUUUCCAGUGCAGCUCCCGCCACGUGAUUUGUUUGGAUUGUUUCCACUUAUACUGUGUGACAAGACUCAAUGAUCGGCAGUUUGUCCUUGACCCUCAGCUUGGUUACUCCCUACCUUGUGUGGCUGGCUGUCCCAACUCCUUGAUUAAAGAGCUUCAUCACUUCAGGGUUCUUGGAGAAGAGCAGUACGGCCGGUACCAGCAGUACGGCGCCGAGGAGUGCGUGCUGCGGGCGGGGGGCGCGCUGUGCCCCAGCCCUGGCUGCGGGGCGGGGCUGCUGCCGGAGCCGGGAGUGAGGAGAGUCGCGUGCGCGGGCGGCCACGGCCUGGGCUGCGGGUUUAUCUUUUGCCGGGAUUGUAGAGAAGCAUACCAUGAAGGGGAAUGCAGUGCCUUACUUGAAGCCUCAGGAACAGCUACUCAGGGCUACAGAAUUGAUGAAAAAGCAGCUGAACAAGCCCGAUGGGAAGAGGCAUCGAAAGAAACAAUCAAGAAAACCACUAAACCCUGUCCUCAUUGCCAUGUUCCAGUCGAAAAAAAUGGAGGAUGCAUGCACAUGAAGUGCCCCCGGCCCCAGUGCAAGUUUGAGUGGUGCUGGAACUGCGGCUUGGAGUGGAACCGCACGUGCAUGGGCGACCACUGGUUCGACGUGUAGCUACAGGCGGCUGAGCCCCCCGCGCCUCCAGCGCAUUCGACGUGUAGCUCCAAGCCGCUGAAACAACGGCCAGUUUUGCCAGCAGUCCUCGUUUGAAAAAUACCAAUUGUCCAACCAUUAUUCGCUAUUUUUCCUUUCUACACACACCACACACACACACACACACACGCGCACACACACACACACACACACACACACACACAUUUCAAAUUCUUUCCAAAAUCACAAAAAUAAAAUUACAGAAUCAGCUCCUGGAAUUCCUUUUAUUAUGUCCACGAAAAACAAUCAAGCCCAAUAGUGAGAACGGUAAGAAGUAUUUCCAGAUUUCAACAACACACAAAUACCGCAGCACAAGUUAAAGUGCCAUCGGCGUGUUUUUGCAUGGAUUGUCAUUCUUGAGUAAACUCAAGUCAGGCUGGGAGAAUUCAUGGAGAGAGAUAUUUCUCAGGGUUAAUUUCCUGCAUUUUAUCUGCAGUAAAUAUUGUGAAUAAGUCCAUAGUGAUGUGGGAAAUAGGUUUUGGGGGUGUAUUGUCAGUGGUUCUCUGUAAGAUUGUCUGCGAUAGAUUCUCAAAAAUACAUGCAUAGCUUUAAAAGCAAAGCUCUUCACUUAAAUUUUAGAGAACAUCCAUCCUCAAAGAACUAUAGGCAAUAGUCAAAAACAUUUGCUUGUCUCCAAUAAUUUUAUUAUAAAUUGCAUUGAUGCAAUAUCAACUGGGCACACAUAGCCUGUCACCAAAGUGAGAAAUUACAGAAGUUCAUUUCAAUGCUUAAUGCUUAAACUACAGGAAAGAAAUCAAAACUUGAUGAACCUUUCACAUCAUUUAAUUUUCUAUAACUUCAGAGAGAAAUUAUUUUUCUGAAAACAUUACUGGAUAUGUAGUUUGAUUUUAAAUAUUCAUUUGCAGAUUGGAGAAUGCACUAAUCCAUCUGGCUACACUGUGAAUUUAAUGGCUAAGGUGUCUAUAAAGGAGAUAUUGAUAAAAAUCAUUUCAUAAUAUUCUGCACAUUAACAAAUGUGUAGAUUGUUAUAUCAGAAUCUUUAAAGCAGCAGCAUUUCUAAGAAUAUAAAAAUUAAAAUGUGCCUGACUCCCUCUAUCGGAAGGGUUUCCCUCAAUCAGCAAGUCCCAGGGGGCUCUGUACAUCCAUCUGGGUUCUUCCAAAAGAGGCCUUCUCUCUAACACAGCAAACUCACACUACAACAUUUCCUCAUGACAAUGUGAUUUGGACUUGAGUAUUGUUGAUUACAUUUUUUCCUUCCAUUUUUUAUUGAGAUAUAUUCACAUACCCUACAAUCAUCCAAAGUGUACAAUCAGUUGUUCACAGUACCAUCAU